UCGGUGAGGCGAGCCGGCACGGCGUGCGUGUGCAAGUCCGUGUUGCGACAUCUCUCCCCCUCAACGCCCACGCUCGCCACUACCUUCGGUGCAGCGGACCCACGCUGCAAAGCCGCGAUGUUCACUCGGGUGAAAUCGGCAGUGGCCACCUUGAUGGGGGGCGUCAUAAGCGGCGGCGGUGAACGCGACUCUCCCGGCGCCACGGACGCGGCUCCCAAAUUCCCGUACGGCAGACCGGAGUUCCUGGCUCUGUCGCCGGACGAGCUGGAGUGCUUUGCGGAUCACUCUGCCAGGCCUAUCGUCACAGUGAAGGAGCGCAAGCGGCUGCCCUGCUCCACCGGCUAUGCCGAGGUGAUCAAUGCAGGGAAGAGCACUUUAAAUGAGGAUCAGGCCUGCUGUGAGGUGCUGGUGGUGAAGAGAAGACUGCCAGGAAGCUCGGCUACGGCCAACUGGGGGAACAUGACCCGGAGGAGGUCCUCCCUACCCAACGGAGAAGGACUGGGCUUGAGGGAGAUCCUGGCCAACUCCGAGGACCUGCCAUUCCACUACUGGGGCCUGUUCGACGGUCACGCCGGCUGCGGGGCGGCCGUGGUGGCAUCACGCCUGCUCCAUCACCACAUCGCGCUGCACCUUCAAGAGGUGAUGGACAUCCUGUGCACGCCUGACCUCCAGCCGCCCACCUGCCUGAGCGAGGAGCCCCUCCGCUGGCACCACCAGCACCUCAAUCCCACCUCGAACUCUCGCGCCCUGACCCGGGCCGUGUCCCUACGUGGGGCCGCCGGUGCCCCCGGUUCACCUGGUGCCCCGCCCACGCGCUUCUUCGCAGAAAAGAAAGUGACGCACGAGAGCCUGGUCGUCGGCGCCAUCGAGAACGCAUUCAAAGACAUGGAUGUCCAAAUAGAAAAGCAACGGGCCGUCUACAACACGUCCGGCGGCUGCACUGCUCUGGUGGUGCUCUACUUGCUCGGGAAGCUCUACGUGGGCAACGCAGGUGACAGCAGAGCUGUCAUGGUCCAGGGAGGCGAGGUCAUCCCCAUGUCAAGAGAGUUCACGCCAGAGUCGGAGAGGCAGCGGCUGCAGUUCCUGGCCUACAUGCAGCCCCACUUAUUAGGAAAUGAGUUUACACAUUUGGAGUUCCCCAGGAGAGUUCAGAAGAAGGAAGUUGGCAAGAGGAUGCUCUACCGUGACUUCACCAUGUCUGGAUGGGCUUAUAAAACCAUCGAGGACGACGACCUGAAGUUUCCUCUCAUCUACGGCGAAGGGAAGAAGGCUCGGGUGCUAGCGACCAUCGGCGUCACCAGAGGUCUGGGCGACCACAAUCUCAAAGUGCACGAUUCCAACAUCUACAUUAAGCCUUUCCUUUCCUGCUGUCCAGAGGUCAAAGUUUACCCGUUGGCCCAGUACGAACACGACACAGACGACGUCCUGGUCGUGGGAACCGACGGCCUGUGGGACGUCCUCUCCAACCAGGAAGUGGCGGAGUCAGUCACCUGCUUCCUGGCCAAUUGCGACCCUGAUGACCAGAGCAGGUACACUUUGGCCGCCCAAGACUUGGUCAUGCGUGCGCGCGGCGUGCUCAAGGACGGAGGCUGGAGGCUAUCUGGGAACCGGCUGGGCUCUGGGGACGACAUUUCCGUCUUUGUCAUCCCUCUUGCACAUUGUAACGAACUCUACUAGUCAACACGAAGGACAAUUGUUGCUAAUAACAAUUAAUGCUAAUUGUUUACAAGGAACAUGUACAAUGGAAUCAAGCCAAGAUUUUUUUCUUUGUAAAUACAUCCUGAAGUUAUUUGUAAGGGGGAAACUCUCCAUUUUGCAAGAACGACUAAAUAAUGUUGCCCUUUGAAAUGUUUUAUUCCUAAUUGAGAUGUUGAAAAGUUUCAAUAGUCCAUUUGGACAUAAACCAGCUGCUUGAAUAUGCUUGCCGACCGCAUGUAUCAGUUUUCUGUUUCGCCUAUAGACAAGUAGUAUACAUUUCUUAACCUCACAUGUCUGCUUUUGGAAUGUUGGAGGAAUCCCCAAAAGCAAAUUUCAAAGGCCGAGCCUCCGAACUACCAAGCGGAGGUGCUCGUCUACUCUAAAUUCAACUGGCACUAAUAUAGUUGUAUCCAAAAUCGUGCCUUUGCUAAGAUUUUGUUGAUAUUUUGUUAUGGUUGUUGUCAAAUCUCUUUUUUUUGUAAAUUCAUGACAAAACGUGUGAAACGGUAUGGCCCAAAAAUAAAAUUAAAAGGAUGAA